UUUGAAGUUUAAGAGAAUUGCAAACAGCAAUGUGGUUUUAUAAAGUAUUUUAAGUUGUUAAUUUAAUUUUGUUAAUAACUUGUGUAUUGCUGUACGUGUAAAUGAUUGAUUAUACUAUUAUGAAUAUCCACAAUAUUUCCGGUGAACCAGCCAACAAAAAACGUAAAACGAAAAAUGGAUGUCAAAUUGAAACGGCAGAUGAUGAGAAAAAUAUGUCUUCAACCUCUGCUCAAAAGUGUGUCAAAAUUAGAAAGAGGCAUGUUCCUAGUUUUCGUUUGAAAGCUACUGGAGAAACUGCAGCAUUAAAAGUACCUGCUGAUAGUCGAAUACCAUUGCUGCUUACAGACAUACAACAUUUACUUUUACAUUCGUUAUUAGGAAACCUUAAUUUAACCCAGUCACCUCGUUGGUACGUGUUAGACAAAUGUGGUCAUAUAAGUAAAACAACUUGUCUCAUAAUUGAAGGAAUUUCUAUAAAGCAUUGGGAGAAAUAUAACGAUGUUAUGCUCAAAACUAGGAAAAUAUUUGAUAAUAGUAUUGUAGAAAUUCUAACACCAUCAAUUUACAGUGGAUCUUUAGUUAAAGAACUUGCAUUGGUACCUUUAUCUGAAACAGAGAAGGAAAGCAUUAUACAGCAAUAUGGCAGUAUGAACUUAGCUCUGGAAGUAAGAAAAGAUUUAAUGAUUAUGAUGAAAGCUGUUUUUCCUAUUGGAGAUGGAACACCUGAAGAUAUUGAAAUCACUAAUCUUGAUGAAAAAUUCCCGAGAACUCAACUUAUACUAUCGGCUUGGCAAUUAAUUGAAGAAAAUUAUCCAGUUCCUUUAAAAGGGAAGUUAAAAAAUGCAUAUGUAGAUUAUGUUAUGUCAAAAAAUGAAUAUAAGCCUGUUACAGCAAAAUCUCCUAUGUUUGGUAUAGACUGUGAAAUGUGCCUAACUGAUGCUGGCUCUGAGCUUACUCGUGUGUCUGUGGUUAAUGAGAAACAUGAGACUGUUUAUGAAUCAUUAGUAAAACCUUAUAAUAAUAUCACUGAUUACUUGACUAGGUAUUCUGGUAUUACAAAAUCAUUAUUACAAAAUGUUAGUAAAAGACUAGAAGAUGUUCAAAAAGAAUUAAGAGAGUUAUUACCUCCUGAUGCUAUUUUAGUGGGACAGUCUUUAAAUACAGAUUUACAUGCCUUGAAAAUGAUGCAUCCUUAUAUAAUAGAUACCAGUUUAAUUUAUAAUUUCACAGGAGAAAGAUACCGAAAACCAAAACUCAAAACUCUUGCUAGAGAAUUUCUUCAAGAAGACAUACAAAUAGGUAAUACAGGUCAUUGUUCUGUGGAAGAUUCCCUAGCUUCUUUAAAAUUGGUUCAGCUUAAGCUAAGCAAAAGCAUAGAGUUUGGAGAUGCAGUACACACUAAUAGGCAGAAAUAUAAAGAAAAUGCAAUCAAAAUGGCAACACAACCACACUAUGCUUUAUCAAUUUUUAAUCAUAUUAUUGAACAAAAGAAAACAUCUUUGGUUGUUGGUUGUGAUAAUAUUACCGGUGAUUAUCAUACAUUUUUAACUCAAGCCAAAGAAAGUCUUUGUACACAGCUUAAAAAAAACAAAUCGAAAAAGGUAAAACUGAAUACUGUUGAUGAAAUAGAAGAUGUUAUAUCAACAAUAGCAGAUGCAGAUGAUUAUAAUUUAGUAAUGGGUCAUUUAAAACUUGGUGACGAAGCUUGUGAUGACAUAAAAAAUGUACAUAAAGUAGAUGAAUGGGUAACAAGUGUUUGGAAUAGUCUCAUAGAAUCUGCUUUGUUUGUGGUUGUGUUUGGUGGUACAACUAAUGAAAAUGGUAUUGCUAUGAUAAAAGUAAAGGGUACUUCAAACAGAAGUAAUAAAUAAAUGAACAUCGUGAAA